AUGGGAGUUGCUGGUUUUUUUAAAUGGUUAAUUUCAAGAUACCCUUCAAUUUGUAGGGGGGCUUCUUCUGGCAUAUCCCCAUCAUUUGAUUGCUUUUUUGUUGACUUUAAUUGCAUAAUUCACAACGCAAUUCGAACAAUUCAGGGUUCGAAGGACCUUAUUGAAGAUGAACUCAUCACAGAAGUUCUCAGAUUCUUAGAUAUAUUAGUCCAUGUUGUCCAACCAACGAAAUUACUUUACAUUUCGGUUGAUGGACCAGCACCACUUGCCAAAUGCAUUGAACAACGCUCAAGAAGAUUCUCAGGCCAAGGAAAGAAAGAAGUUGCAGAAGGAUUUACUAAAAAUUCGAUAACAAUUGGAACAAAAUUUAUGAAUGACCUUCACCUCAAAAUUUUGGACUAUUUGAAGGAAAGAGUCAAUAGAGAUCCAAUAUGGGCAAUGCCUCAUAUCAUUUACGAUUCAUAUCAUACACCAGGAGAAGGAGAACAUAAAUUAAUCAAUUUUAUUCGAUACCAAAGGGCUCAAGGGACAUGGAACGAAGACUAUUCAUGCUGCAUAUACUCCCCUGAUGCUGACAUCUUCUUUAUUGCACUUAAUACUCAUAUGAAAAAAAUUGCCAUUCUUAAAGACUCUUCUGGUGAUCUUAAGUUAGCAGAUAAGAAAUAUAACUCUGCAUCAGUACGUUUUUGGGCUGGAGACUUCAUUUACGUUUAUUUAAGUAUAUUACGACAAUUAUUAGCUGCAGAAUUCUUUAAUUCUAACGAAGAUAUGGUCAACAACAUUACAGAUGAUUUCUGCGCAAUAUCAUCUCUACUAGGUAACGAUUUUAUACCAUCUUUUCCAUUUUUUAAUAUUGAUAAUUUUAAUAAUGCUUUAGAAGUAUAUUUCACACAAUAUUUACCAAAAAGCAAGUAUAUUGUUGAGAAUGGGGAAUUCAAUUACAGCAAUCUCUCUGAUUUUCUCAGAGAUGUCGCUUAUAAUGUUGGAGAUGCAGAAAAAUCAGUUUCGAAACAGCAAAAUUUAUUAUCUUAUGCAGAAAAGAAUGUCCAAGCCAAAUUUGCUUUGCCAGAAGGACCUGGUUUCGAUGAAAAAAUCAAAGAAAUAGUUUAUCAUGUCAUGGAUUCGUUCGUUUGGGUUCUAAACUUGUAUACAAAGGGAAUAUUAAGCUGGGAGUGGUAUUAUCCUUACUCUUCUGCCCCUCCGUUGUUAAUUAUUUCAAAAUAUCUCCAAGGAUACAAGCCAAACUUCACCCAAGGUGCUCCGCCAAAGUCUUUAGAAGUAUUAGUAUCACUUUUACCAGCAAAUUCCGCAAAUUUGCUUCCAUCUUGUUUACAAUUCCUUGCAGAGCCAGGAUCUCCGGUUUACGAUAUCAUGUCAGGCAGUGCUAGGUCAUUUACUCGUGAAUAUUUCGCAGAAGUCAAGAAAAUCAUUCAGGAAAAAGAAAAUGAAAUGACAGAUGAAGAAAAAAUCCGAAAUACUAUUUGCGAUCCAUUCCUUAUCCUUCCAAAUAAGGAACCACAGCUCAUUGAUGUCAAAAAGAAAUAUAUUUUGCCAUCAACAACUCAAGUGAAUUCCUACUUCCCCUCUCUCACAAAUUUACCCUUGAAAAUUACCCUUGUAAAGAAAGGCUUCAUCAACUCUACAGAACAAACAAAGAUUUCCUGCGAGCUGAAUAAGCCAGAGCCCACAGACCUCAAGAAAUACAAAGAAUUAAAAGGAAAAGUCAUUUUAGUUGACUUUCCAUAUUUUAAUCCUGCAAUUGUCACAGAUGUCUUCCUUUCGAGACAAGGAGAGAAGUUUGACGACAGCGACUUCAUAAAUCCAUCUCAUUCCCACAGAUUAUGUGUCAAGUGUCGAAAAUUAACUUUUCCAAAUUACAAACUCACGAAUUACAGCUGGUCUGACAAGGAAUACAAAUACCCCUUUAUACAGACAGCACCGUUCUCAUUCUUCCCAUCGAUUUCCGAUGACAUUCGAGAAGAAAUUCAAAGUUCAAUUAAAAAAGACUCCAAAGUUUUCAUAUUAAGUGGAGAAGGUAAAGGAAAACUAGGCGUUGUAAAGGCAAUUGAAGACAAAAACAUCACUGUUCAGCUGAUUAAUCGCUCAUAUAGCAGUAAUCUGAAGAACAUAUUACUUGGCGACUCUGGGGUAUGGAUACCUAUCGACAAAGUUGCCGAAAACGUUCAUUUGUCGACGCCUUCUCUUUUAAUUAUUUUAGAUUCGAUUACUUCUAACAGAUACGGACGAAAUAUCGGUCUGAAGUUCAUCAAGAAUGGAAAGAAAGGUGCUGAAGGCUACGUAUCGAAGAAAAAAGGCGUAAUUGUUUUAACUCCAGAUGUACAAGAAACUGUUGAGAAAUACAUAUCAUUUGUAGGCGCUGAUUUCAUGAAUGUCGUAAAAGCGUCAGAUAAAAAUGAUAUUGCCGAGAAUGUGAAGUUAUAUUUUGAUAAAUUCGGAGAUGAGGCUGAUAAUGAAGUCAAAAAGAUUGCAGAAUGGGUUUCCGAGAAUAGCCAAGCAUUCCAUGCCCAAAUAAAGCCACUCUACCUCCCAACUUCCCCAUUAAUCGCUUACAAGAAGUUGGAAGAGGAAAUGGAAAAAUUUGGAAAAAGUGACACUUUUGGACAAACCGUUCAAACUCAUCCAAAUAAUAUAGUUUUGGAAGGUAAAUUGCUACCAUUUAAUAUUACAGGCAAAGUUAACAUGGGUGACCAUGUUGCAGUUCUUGAUGGCUACAGUUUGAUUCCAUUUGGAACAUCCGGAAUUGUUAUUGGAGUUAUCAAUGGAGGAAACAUGGUUCAGAUUGUUGCAGACCAGGAACAACAAUUUGGAUCAACCAUGGUCAAUACUUUCAAGAAAAAGAGAAUGUUUUACGCAUAUACUAGUUCUCUUUGUUAUUUCUAA